CAAUUUCAACAUCACAUUCCUUCUUCACACUCUGCAUCUCAAAUUUUCAAUUCCCUCAUCUUCUCAAAACUCAUCUUCAACCACCAAACCCUAAUUUCCCAAUCUCGAAAUGGAUUCCACCACAAACACAAAGACAAAGAAAGGUGCCGCAGGAAGAAAAGGCGGAGGUCCAAGAAAGAAGUCAGUCACCAGAUCCACCAGAGCUGGUCUUCAAUUCCCCGUCGGAAGAAUUGGUCGUUACUUGAAGAAAGGUCGGUACGCUCAACGUGUCGGUACCGGUGCUCCAGUUUACUUAGCCGCCGUUCUUGAAUAUCUUGCUGCUGAGGUUCUUGAGUUGGCUGGAAAUGCUGCACGUGAUAACAAGAAGAAUAGGAUAAUCCCAAGGCAUGUGUUAUUGGCUGUGAGGAAUGAUGAAGAACUUGGAAAAUUGCUUGCUGGUGUCACUAUUGCUCAUGGUGGUGUUCUUCCAAAUAUUAACCCAAUUCUUUUGCCUAAGAAGACUGAUAGAUCUACUUCUGCUAGUAAGGAGCCAAAGUCUCCAAAAGCUGGGAAAUCACCAAAGAAAGCUUAGAUCUGUUUGAAUGAAUGAAUGAUUAGUUUAUGGAUUAUGAUUGUGUAUAUCUGAGAUUAGGUCUCUGUUUUGUAAUAGAAAUAGAAUUGUUCUUUGCUUUUGAGAAAAGUUUAUGUAAUUUGGUUCUAAUUAUCAAUUAAUCAAAUCAUUUUGUUUCCUAUCA